AUGGCAUUUGUCCCUGGAAAUGAUACUGUAUUGUGGAGUGAUGAACAAACACGGUUUGUGCUUCAACUAAGAAUUGAAGAAGAACUGAAAGGCAAUAUGAGAAAUAAGGUUCUCAAUGAAACUGCAAGAAAGACAAUUGCAAAUAAGUUUUGUGAUACAUAUGGGGUGAGGCAUGCAUGGAUAAAGUUUAGGAACAAGUUUAAUUCUUGCAAGAAGCAAUACGGAGCUAUGAAGAGGUUGAGUCAGAAUAGAAUUGGACUUGGAUAUCAUCCAGAUGGGUCAAUAGACAUGAGUGAUGAUUGGUGGGAGCAGCGUUGUAAGGAAUGGCCUGGAGCUAGGAAGUACAAAGAAAAACCAGUGGCAAACACAUAUCUAAUGGAGCAUAUUUUUAGUGGGGUUCAUGUAAGUGGAGCAGAAGGAUGGAGUGCUCAGCAAGAUGGAAAUGAGUUAGACAAUAUGGAGGUCGAGAAUGAUGAUGCUGCAUCUGAAGCAGGGACAACCAAUCCUCCAGCAAUGCAAACCAAUCCUGAACCAGAUGCUCCCUCAUCCUCCAAUGGUCCACGAGGCUCCAAUGCUCCCCGAGCCUCUACUGUCCCAAAGCCUUCUCGGAAAAGGAGUUCAGAACAAGCAGCAUAG